AAUAGGGAUAAAUUUUAGUAUUUUUUUUUUUUUGGUGUGUGUGUGUGUGUGCAAAUCAAAGAAAUUAAUGGCCAUGAGUUCGUUUUUGAUCAACUCCAACUAUGUGGAUCCCAAGUUCCCACCCUGCGAAGAAUAUUCUCAGAAUGAUUACCUUCCCAAUCACUCUCCGGGAUAUUACAGCAGCCAGAGGCGAGAGACCACUUUCCAACAUGAGGCGAUGUACCAGCCGCGGUCAGCCUGCAACGAGCCGCCCUACCCUGCUUGUCAGGGCUCCGGCCACCAGCCAGCGGUGCUAUCCCCAAGGGGUCACGUUCAUCCUUCUGCCGGACUUCAGAGCCACCUCUCAGAGCCAGAUCACCGCUGUGAGUCGGUCACCCCCAGCCCUCCUCCACCCUCCUGUAGCCAAAACUCUAUGAACCAAAGCCCAUCUAAUUCUUCUUGCAAAGAACCAGUAGUUUAUCCCUGGAUGAAAAAAGUCCAUGUAAGCACGGUAAACCCCAGUUGCACAGGAGGGGAACCGAAGCGCUCCCGGACAGCUUAUACCAGACAGCAAGUCCUGGAGCUGGAGAAAGAAUUCCAUUAUAAUCGCUAUCUCACGCGGAGGCGCAGGGUCGAAAUUGCCCAUUCUCUUUGCUUGUCCGAGCGCCAGAUCAAAAUAUGGUUCCAGAACAGGAGGAUGAAAUGGAAAAAAGAUAAUAAAUUACCAAAUACCAAGAUCAGGUCUAAUUCUUCUAACGCUUCUGCAAGCCUGCAGAUACAAGGAGGUUCUCAGAACCGAGCCAACGCACCAGCCACCGGCCUAUAAUUGUUUUGUGUGU